UCUGAGAGCGCGGUGCAGUGAUGACGGGGGCCCGGGGUUGGUCCGACAGCAGCAGCUCCGUGGGGCGCCGGUUCCCGCGGCCCCGCCCGCUGCCCCACACUGCACCUCCGGGACGUAGCUUCCCUUUAGCCCCGACCCUCUCGCCCCGCAGGGGCCGGCCGCGCAGGCGGGGGCGGGCCUCUGCGUGGCGCGGCCAAUGGGGACCGAGCCUGCAGGCCGAGGCGUGUCGGCCCCGGCGCGACGCCCCAAGUGGCGGUUGUUUCAAGAUGGCGGACGUGGCGGGCCCCUCCCGUCCCGGUGCCGCGGCGUUCUGGAGCCGGGACUGUUCUGAUGAAGAACAAUCGGUAGUGUACGUUCCAGGAAUUUCUACUGAAGGAAAUGUCAGAUCAAGACACAAGCUGAUGAGUCCAAAAGCUGAUGUUAAACUUAAGACUUCCAGGGUGACUGAUGCUUCAAUCUCCAUGGAGUCCUUAAAAGGCACAGGAGAUUCAGUAGAUGAACAGAAUUCCUGCAGGGGAGAAAUAAAGAGUGCAUCAUUGAAGGAUUUAUGUCUUGAAGACAAAAGACGCAUUGCAAACUUAAUUAAAGAACUGGCCAGAGUAAGUGAAGAAAAGGAAGUGACAGAGGAAAGACUGAAAGCUGAGCAGGAGUCAUUUGAGAAGAAGAUCAGGCAGUUGGAAGAACAGAAUGAACUGAUCAUCAAAGAAAGGGAAGCUCUUCAGCUACAGUAUAGAGAAUGCCAAGAACUUCUAAGCCUGUAUCAGAAAUAUUUAUCAGAACAACAAGAGAAGCUCACCAUGUCUCUCUCAGAACUUGGUGCUGCUAGAAUGCAGGAACAGCAGGUAUCCAGUAGAAAAAGCACUCUCCAGUGUUCAUCUGUGGAACUGGAUGGUUCCUACUUGAGUGUAGCCAGACCACAGACCUACUAUCAAACCAAGCAAAGACCUAAGUCUGCAGUCCAGGAUUCAGCUUCAGAAUCCCUUAUAGCAUUUAGGAAUAAUUCUUGGAAACCAGUAACCCUUCAUCAUCCCAAAGAUGAUCUAGAUAAGAUACCAUCAGAGACCACAACAUGUAAUUAUGAAUCUACAGGGAGAAAACCAGUAGAUGCAGUCCCAACAGAGAAAAUGCCACAAGAAGAAUUGCACAUGAGGGAAUGUCCACACCUUAAGCCUACUCCUAGUCAGUGCUGUGGUCAUAGACUUGCUGCAGAUCGUGUUCAUGAGACCCAUCCUACAAACAUGGCCCAUCAACAUCCUAAGACACAUACAGAAUCAUGCAGUUAUUGUCGGCUUUCUUGGGCAUCUCUGGUGCAUGGUGGAGGGGCACUGCAACCCAAUGAAACUUUGAAAAAGCAGAUCUCAGAAGAUAGAAAGCAGCAACUGAUGCUUCAGAAAAUGGAACUGGAAAUUGAAAAGGAGCGCCUUCAGCAUCUGCUGGCCCAGCAGGAGACAAAGCUUCUUCUAAAACAGCAGCAGCUUCACCAGUCUCGACUGGAUUACAGUUGGUUAAGAGCUCAGGCUCUGUUUAAGUCGAGAGAACUGGUUGCUGAAAAAGAGCUUACUAAACCCCAAGAACUCAAACUGGAUAUGAAUGGCAGUGACUCUGGACCAAGUUUAUUAAAGUCAAACUGUGAUGGCUGGCAGCUCAGAACAUCAUCAUCUAUUAAAAAGCACCAAGACUCCCCAAACAAUGGAGAGAAUAGGAAGGAGAAGAAGACAGUUGGGUUUCAUUCGCAUAUGAAAGAUGAUGCCCAGUGGUCAUGUCAAAAGAAAGAUACAUAUAGACCCCAAAGAGGGACAAUGACAGGAGUUAGAAAAGAUGCGUCUACAUCUCCUAUGCCAACAGGAAGCCUAAAGGAUUUUGUCACCACAGCCUCACCAUCAUUACAGCACACCACCUCCCGGUAUGAGACAUCUUUGUUGGAUUUGGUUCAGUCUCUGAGCCCAAACUCUGCACCCAAACCUCAGCGCUAUCCCUCCAGAGAAGCUGGGGCCUGGAAUCAUGGUACUUUCCAACUCAGUCCUCCAAAAUCGACCCGGAAGAAGAUGGGGAUGCACAGAACCCCUGAAGAGCUGGAGGAGAAUCAGAUUCUGGAAGAUAUAUUUUUCAUUUGACAUAUUGCAAAAUUUUCUUAGGAUUUUAAAGUAUUUCAUCGCAAAGUAAUUGUGUCUCUCCUUUCGCGGAGACCUGUCUCACUAGCAUCCUGUUACAUAUUGAAUACAGAAAUCAUUCUAACAACCCAGGGUGUUUUCAAUCAGACCAGGCAUUCGAUAACACACUAAGGGGGUAGGAAUGGAAAAUGGUAUCUUGUAUAUGCUAAACAGAUUAGAAAAUUAACAUAGGAUACUUUCUGUGUGGUGGAAACCAUUGCAUAUUCAGCCUCAUUUCAAGAGUGUUUCCUUCUCAAACUUCUGCUAGAAAAGGCUGACUCACUUUUAUAUACAAGAAAAACCUUUCCACUGAAAAAUCCCUCUAAUUUAAAAGUAACCCCUUUGAAACAUAAGCAGUUACAGAAAGGCAGACUCUCUCAUCUUUCUCAUCCUGUUCUCUCACUACUACAUCUCUGUAAGUGGUCCUUUAAUUAUGAAGUUGGAGUUGGUGCCCCUGCCAUCACAAACAACACUGAGAGCCAAUUGUGAGUCAGUCUCAGUAGCCAUCAGCCUGGCAGCUGCCCAUCCCAUAACCAAAGAGCUCAGUGGGCUAGAGGGUGAGACCCAGCCAAUCCUUGGGAGCAAGCAGCACUAAAUCACGUCAGGGAGUGCUUAGCCCUGGGGAAAUUCAGUGGAGGCACAAGCCUGAAGCACUCUUCUACCAAUGUUCAGGUGACUACCCCUCCAAUAUCCCAGAAUGAAUAAGAACAAUCUCUAGGUAUUUUUAUUGACCCAAGUGUUCAGCUUAUUCACCCCACCCCCCACCCCCCAUCACAUGCGCUCCUGUGAACUUCCCAUGGUUAUGUCUAGGUAAAAUGCCACUAGAGAGAGAGUGAUACCAGCUGCUGCAAGCUGAUGGACUUCCUCUGGCCCUCCCUUUUCCUCCAUGAGGAUUAAAGGAUAUGAGCUGACCAGGCCUCGCAGGUGCUCUGCUCAUGGUCCCAAAGAACCAUCUCUACUUGCCAGAGUAUGUUCCACCACCCAAGCAGGGUCUCCCUACUUUUUCUCACUGGGCCUCGUUUUGACCCAGAGAGAGCCUAUGGAAGUAAUACAGUGCAGACCUCAUCCUGUCUGCUGUCUUUUCUCCCACAGAGCUCUUGAGAUGGGUCCUUCAGCUUGUAGUGGUCCCUAAUAGCUUCUCAAGCUAAUGGGGAUGAUCAGCCUGGUUUAGCCAGAGUUCAAAACUCUCCCAGUCAUUGAAAGCAAGGGGAGGGUGUGUUCCCAGAUGUGUAUUACUUGGGAAUUUUAUUUGAUCUGGAGGGUGUGGCUUUUUUUCUCUUCUUUUUACCAACCCCAACUAAACUGGGAGAAAGACUUAGUCAGUGUUGGUAGACAAAGUCAUACCACCCAGGGCAGCCUGCAUGCAGCGAGUCUGCGUGGCUUCCCUGAAUUAUUGUUUUAAUUAAAACUAGAUUAUUUCAAUCUAGGAAAGCUUUGUUGAGCAGCCUCCUUAUCCAGAUAGAUCCAAAGCUCAUGUCUCUUCAGGCUGAGCCUGGCGCUCAGCCUUCUUUCACUUGGGAUUUUUUAUUCUUUGGAGUAGAAAAGAAUGGAGCCCACCAAUAUUAUAUUUUUCUUCUGAAAUAAAUAUAAAGUCAAGACUAACUAGUUAUAGUCAUUCCCUUAAAAAGUUGGAAAAUCAGUACAGAUUAAAAUUUCCUUAUAAAGUUCACCUCUGAGAGUAACUAAAUCGGUUUCAUCCCAUAUCAAAAAGCCUUUGGAGUGUGGAGCUUUCUAUGGUAUGGCAGAAAUGGGUGGAUGGCAAACUAAGAGCCCUCAGCCAUUUUUUCAGUUAAAGUUAGGUUGCCAGAACUUUCUUUUCCUUGCCCCCUGUGUCAUGACUAGCUUAAGUGUACUUGACUCUCGUAGACUACUCCCAUGCCCACAGUCACCCAUUCCACACUCCAGCGUCCUUAAAACUCUGGAGUGAGAGGAUGCCAGAGGAUCAAGAAAAGGAUCACAGUUUCUUGAAGAAGCUUGUUUGCCUUUAGAAGAAUUGUAAACGGAGUCUAAACUAAAGGCUUUUUGGGGGUCACAGCCACAGAGUAGUUUUAUUGCUUCUUUGCCUCUCCAUGAAUGGCCAAUUUGGAAAAGCAGAGAUGGGCUUUCAGCAGAAUAUCAGCCAAUACAUUUUUCACAUGCAAAACUCAUCACCAGUUGCCUUUUUCUAACUUACGGACAUUUUGUUGGUGUUGGUGCAAGGGCAAUAGGAUGUAAAUUUGUAUAUAAUGUCUUCAUUAUUAAUUGAAUAGUACAUGUUAACAUUUUAAUCUAUUUAAAUUUACUUUGAAAUAUAUACGUACAUAUGAAUGAAAGGUUGUUACAGAGCCUCAAAGCUGUUGCAGACUAUCCCAAGAGAAAGGAUCUGGCACAAAGGAAUCUGCCUUUCCUCCCUCUCAAGUCUCUCACCCUUGACUGGUUGGGAUUUGCUCGUCCAGCCUCUAGACACUUCCUCAGAGCAAGACUGGACACAUGCUGAGGGCGUUUCGGAUAGUGCCUCAGCAUUGCCCACCCUGCUGCCCACCUCCUGUGAGAGAAAAAACAAUCAAUGUUUACAAAAUGGAAAAGGACACAGCACGUACUUUGAACUCCCUAAGUAAGGCCCACAGUGCUUGAUACAGAGAACCAAAGUGAAUCACAGAAAAGCUUUUGCUAACAGUCUGCUUUCUAGGAGGCAAACUUGUGUUUAUCCAAACCUGAUCCCCAGGAUGGGGACUUUUCUAGAGCACCCCAAAUGUCAUGGGGAGGGAGGGACUCUUUCUGCUCCCUCAGAGCUACUCUUCCCUUGUCCCUGCUUCCAGCACCAAGUUCAUAAUAGAGAUCUUCUGGCCAGAGAAUCAGGGGAGAGGAGAGGCCUGAUGGGGCAGAGCUGGAUGAAGUCUGCUAAGAGAGAUGGAGGCUGUGGCGGACUCCUUCCAACUCACGAUUUAUCCUCAGCUCAGAGUGUAUUUUGAAUGUGAGCAAAUGUUUAUGUACGUAUGAGAUUUUAAGUUAAUAAAUCAUCUCUAUGGCUAUUUUCCCCA